GCAGCCCUGCGCCUCCGCGGCCGAGCCCAGCGCCCCGGGACGCCCCUCACCUCAGGCACAACCAUGCUGAGGAUGGCAGUGCUGCUCCCGGUGCUGCUCAGCCUCUUCGGCCUCGGAAAAGGGCAGACGUUUCACAUGGGACCAUGUCCAGACCCACCAGUCCAAGAAAACUUUGAUAUGGCCAAGUACGUCGGAAAAUGGUACGAGAUAGAAAAGCUGCCAUCAAAUUUCGAGAAAGGAAGAUGCAUCCAGGCACACUACAUGCAGGAUGAGAAUGGGAAGCUUAAAGUGAUCAACAAGGAGCUGCAGUCUAAUGGGAAGUUUAAAGAAAUUGAAGGAGAAAUCACCUACAUGGAUGUGAAGGAGCCAGCCAAGAUGGGCAUCAGCUUUAACUGGUUCACACCUUCCGCCCCAUACUGGGUCAUCUCCACCGACUACGAGAACUACUCGCUGGUUUACUCCUGCACCAACAUUAUCUGGCUCUUCCACGUCAAUUACGCCUGGAUUUUGUCAAGAGCUCCUGAGAUGCACCCAGAAACCGUGACCAACCUGAAGAGCCUUCUGCAGUCCUAYAAGAUCGACACCGACAAAAUGAUGCCCACGGACCAGCUUAACUGCCCUCCUGAGAUGUAACCGCGACAGCUCCACGCCAGCCACAAACUCUGCUGCUUUCCUUAGGCUCCUCUAGGACCCGUUUACGUAGCCCCAUAGCCCCCUGCUAACGGUAGCGUGCCAGCCCUGCCCGCUGCUCUCUCUGCCRCUCUUCCUCCCUUCUGUCUCACUCUGACUUUUGCAGAGGAACUCACUGAUUCAAAGCCAAGGGGUGAAGAAAACAAGUGCUGAGGGGCCGGUGUGACGCUCGGCUGCUGCUGCGGCUCCUCCAGCGAGUGGCUGCCAAGGAGCAGGAGGUCCCGGGCUGGGCCCUGUGGGAGGGUCCCUCUCCGUGCCCCCGGGGCUCCUUCCUCCCUUGGUUCUGAUGUUUCGGGGCUGUYGGGUCACGCAGCGGCUGUGCUGCCCUGUGGUGCUGCCACAGCGGCUCGGCGCCAUCUCGGGAUCCCCGUGGGGCCGCUCACCAUGGCUCCUGGUGCCGGGACACAGGGAUGUGUUCCUGCCAAGUCAGAAAACCCUCUUGCUAAAAUCCAAUCUGGUCCUUUGCAUGUGAAGGCUAAAAAUGCCAGGAAAUUCAACACUGCCCAUCACGC